AUGACAUCUCGACUUUCUUCUGUAUCGUGUUUAAAGUACUUUGGUAGAAAAAAGUCAUUGAAAGAACUAAGUACAUCAUGUAAAUUUUCAUCAAAAAUUGAGAAUACUUGUUCCUUCAACCAACCUCCACUUACUGAGCCAUUGCCAAACUUGCCAAAUGUUGUUUACAGUAAACAUAAACUUGCUAAUGUGAAAACAAAUUUAACACAACUACCUAGUGGUAUAAGAAUUGCAUCUGAAAUAGCAUAUGGUGAAUUUUGUACUGUAGGAGUGGCGAUAAAUUCUGGCUGUCGUUAUGAAGUAGCAUAUCCAAGUGGUAUUAAUCAUUUUCUCGAAAAAUUGGCCUUUAGUUCAACUUCUAAUUUUCCUGGAGACAACGAAGUCUUGGAUGAGAUUGAAAAAUAUAAUGGUUUGUGUGAUGCACAAUGUUCCCGAGAUGUAGUGUUAUAUGCAGCAAGUGCUAAUAGGAAAUAUGUGGAUAAUAUCAUAAAAGUUUUAGCUGAUGUAGUUUUACGACCCAGGAUUACUGAAAAUGAGAUAAUGGGUGCAAGUAAAGCAAUUCUUUUUGAACAUGAUACAUUAUUGAUAAGACCUGAACAAGAUCAAUUACUAGAAAAUUUAGUACAUAUGGCAGCUUUCCAAAAUAAUACAUUAGGCUUAUCAAAACUUUGCCCAAUUGAAAAUGUUUCUAAAAUUGAUCGUCGUGUCUUAUUAACUUAUCUGAAAAAUCAUUAUAAACCAGAACAAAUUGUUGUUGGUGGAGUUGGAGUAGAUCAUCAACAACUUGUUGACAGUGUACAAAAGUACUUUAUUGAUGAAAAACCAAUUUGGGACAAUGAAAAUCUGGAUACUAUUAGUAUAGAUAAGUCAAUACCACAAUAUACAGGUGGAAUCAUCAAAGAAGAUUGUGAUAUUCCUGGAUUUCCUGGACCAUCUGGCUUAGCUGUUUUAUCACAUGUAAUGAUUGGACUUGAGUCUAUACCAUUAGUGGGUACUAAUGAUUUUGUUCCAUCAUGUGUGUUGAAUUUGAUGAUGGGCGGUGGCGGAUCUUUUAGCGCAGGAGGACCGGGUAAAGGAAUGUAUACGAGACUAUAUAGAAAUGUUUUAAAUCGAUAUGGUUGGUUGUACAGCGCAACAGCUUACAAUCAUGCUUACACGGAUAGUGGCUUAUUUUGUAUUCAUGCUAGUUCUGAACCACAUUAUGUACGUGACAUGGUUAAAGUUAUUGUGUUUGAAAUGGCUAAUAUGGCCAAUAAUAUUCAAAGAGAAGAGCUUGCUAGAGCAAAAAAACAAUUGCAGUCUCUAUUACUGAUGAACUUAGAAGCUCGUCCAAUUGUAUUUGAAGACAUGGUUAGGCAAAUUUUGGCUUGUGGCUAUAGAAAACGACCAGAAGAACUUCUCCAGGAAAUCGAAAAUGUUACUGAAGACGAUGUAGUGAGAGUUGUCAAGAAAAUAUUGGAUACUCCUCUGACAGUUGUUGCCCGUGGUAAUAUUUCCAAAUUACCACAACUCGAAGAAAUACAAGAGUUGAUAAAUGUAAAACCAAAAGGAAAGAUAUUUGGUCGUUUCUAACUUCUUCUAGCCUUAUUCUUUUUUGUUAACUUAAUAAAUAUUUGUUUAUAAAUAAAAAGUAAUUUGUCAUAUUUUA